AUGUCUAUCCUCCUCUUCUACAAUCGUCUCUUUGGUGUCCGAAACGCCUUUCGGUACUCAGUCUUCGCAUUAAUGGCCGCCACCUGGGCGUGGGGUAUCGCCGUCUUCUUCGCCACCUUGUUCCAAUGCAAACCCAUUGCAGGCAAUUGGGACAAGACCAUUCCAGGGUCCCAUUGUCUUCUUGAUCACAUACUCCUGAAGCUCAGUAUACCAAAUGCCGUACUGGACUGGUUCGUCCUAUUUCUCCCCAUUGUGGUGGUAUGGAACCUUCAGAUAUCAAUAGACCGAAAGGUCGCUCUGAGCGCCAUCUUCCUAGUCGGUGCAUUUGCCUGCGCCGCAUCCAUCCUCCGCUGCUGGGCCAUUGCCAAUAUCGACCACGUCGACUCGACCUGGUCCUACACCCGCUACCUGCUCUGGACGCAAGUCGAACUCAGCGUCGGCAUAAUCUGCGCCUGCCUCCCCACCUUACAACCCGUCCUCAACGCCACCCUAGGUCCCUGCUUCGGCCGCGUCUUCGCAACCUUCCACUCUACCAAGAAAGCAUCCGCUGCAACCGACGGCUCCGGCCCUUCGUCAUCAUCGAAAUGGCACGCAUCAUCAUCGAACAAAGGCAGUCGGAACCAGAUGAGCGGUCGCGGGAUCAGUACCGUGGCCAGUAACAACGGGGACUGGAAUCGCCUCGCGGACGGAACGGCCGGGCUGGCGCCGACGAAUAACACCGUUACGACCGCGUGGACGGUGGACGAGGGUGACGAGCAGAGCGAUGAUGCGAUUCCGUUGAAGGGCAUCAGGGUGCAGCAAGAUCUGGAGCAGAAUAUGCAACGGGGGUUGCGGCCGGGCAUGGCUCUGUAG